GGCAACUAUCGUUUAGCCAGAGCUAACGGAGCUCUUAGCCGGCAUGUCAAAGAUAUUACAACUAUUAAUCAGGCCCGUUCGUCAUGUGUGAGUGAAGAAGAUGCCGAGAAGAGUGGAAAUAGUCAUCUUGAUUCGGCACAAGCACAACCACUUAAGUUCCCUCCUGUUACUGCCUUUCCUCCCACGAAUGGUGGCCAUGUUCCAUCACCAUUCACCAACGAUCUCUGUUUUCCUCCACCUGAUUUCAUUAAUAAAUCCCUUCCUCCACCUCCACUUGGCUCUACUUUCCAGCCAAAAUAG